AUGACGCAGCGACACACCCAUCAUCGAAAGCAUGCCAGCAAAGGCUCUCGGAAGAGUAGCCCGAGUCGGGAGUCGCCAGAAGAUACCCCAAACACAGGUGCCGCAUUUGAUCAACAUUAUUUGGCUCCGACCGCCGGUCCCUGGUCGUCGUGGGCCCGCGAUUGGGAGAUUGAGUGGGACUUUUGGCGGUCGCCAGCGAACCAGACUUACAAUUACAUGCACCCAUUGCCAAAGAUGUCUUACUAUCAACAACCCAUCAAGUCAACCCCGAAUCCAGCACCGGCAUUCACGUAUACGUUUCGCCACACGUCCAAUCCAGUACCACGAGAAGAUCAGCCUAAUUCAGGGUCUGAUUAUUCCCAUGAUGCAAGCGAUGAGGAGACAUUUCCGACCGCAAGCUCCAGUGUUCUGAUACCCGCCAUCAUUGACGUGGACACGAAGAAUAACAUCAAGGUUAUGGUUCCGGAUCCGAAAACGGGAGAAGCGACUACAAUCUAUGACAACAGGCAUAAGCAUUCCAACAAGAAGAAGAUGACUCCAGAAUUCAAGGUUCGGGACUGGCUGAACAGGGGGUAG